AUGCGGAUAUUUCUCAUAAUUUUGGGAUUUUUAACGAUAAACGUUAAUUCUCAAUUUUUACCUCGUCUCCUAUCACGCGCAUUUGGCUUGGAAAGCGAUUAUUCGAUUCCCGAGUUGCUAAAUAACUUGAUUGCUGGUGCUGGAUUCACCCGAGAUCGAUUGCUGCAACAACCAGAACUCAUCCCAAUCGAAGAAGAUGUCACUUUUUACUGUCUCAACCGGGAAACGCGCAAAAUUUACCAAACAAAGUUGAACGAUACGGAAAUUACGAACAAAAUUGACGUCACAAAGCCCGUCGUCUUCAUAAUCCACGGUUGGCUGGAUAAUUUUUACCGUAAUUGGGUGCAAGAAAUGAUGGCCGAGUACAUCGAUUAUCAGGAUGUCAAUGUUUGUGCCGUGGAUUGGAGUCGUUUGGCCAUUUACGAGUACACGAUAUCAGCGCGCGAGAAUGUUCCCGAAGUCGGAUGGUAUUUGGCGACUUUCAUCCUGUACUUGGAAGAUUUGGGUGUGAAUUUGGGCAAUGUUAGCUUGGUUGGACACAGUUUGGGAGCGCAAAUUGCUGGAAUCGCGGGAGAUUAUCUCGCGGGGCAGUUGGAUGCGAUUUACGCACUUGAUCCUGCGGGUCCGUCGUUCACUCAGCCAACGGUGGUGCAUGAAAAAUUACGACUUGAUCCGUCGGAUGCGAAAUAUGUGCAAACAAUUUACACGACAAAGCUUCUUUUGGGCUCCAGUAUCGAUGUGGGACACCAAAAUUUUCAUCCAAAUGGGGGUUUGAACCCGCAACCCGCAUGUUUGACGCCAAUUGGACGAAGUGACGAACUCACACCUGGGCUGUUGGCAUGUAGUCAUAAUAUUGCACAUACCUACUUUAGAUUCGCACUUAAUCCGAAAAACGUUUUCAAGGCACGCGAAUGCAACAGUGUCGUCAACUUUCAACUCGGGUUGUGUCUUCGAGGUCGUGCCGAUAAAAUGGGCAUCUACGCAAAACGAAAAAAGGGCAAAUUUUACCUUUCAACGACUGCCUUCGAACCGUAUGUGUCACCAAAUAUUUAA